UAGUUGUUUAUAUACAGUGCAACUGUGUUUGUUGAGAAACUCAUAAAAGUGAAUAAUAUCAUCCAUUUGAUGUAUUCACGAUGCUGUGAACCUCACAUAAAAUGCUUAUUGAUAUGGGAAAUGAAAUGUGGUUUGACAACAAUGCAUUGCUGCUCCGCUAUCUGAUGUUUGUUACAAUUCAAGUUUCACGUUGUUACUGAUGCUUCACUUUUCCAUUGUGUUGAUGGAAGAAUGAUUGCUCCUCAGUCCACUAACUCAGUGUCAUUGUCCUUUCUAUACAGGUGGAGGCAGAUGAUGUGCUCACCAAAGAGGAACAGAUCGGCCUGCUGUUCAAAGCCAAACGCAAGUGUGAGGUGGCCAUCAGUAACAAACACAAGCCUGGUGGUGAGUAAAAAAAAAUAAUCUCAGAGAAAAGUUCUGUAAACCUGACGUGUCAACCUACCUGACAGUGUUGUUUGGUUUUUUUCAUUGACAUGGAAACAGUCCUGUCACAUUGGUAAUGGAUAAAUGACAUCUGUUGCUCCCUGCAUAGUUAAUCUGUUGGUUCACUGCCUGCCCUGUUUACCAUGCACACAUCUAGUUCUGUCACAUUGGCACCUGAGGACACACCAGGAGCAUAAGCAUUAUUUUGUCCACUAGGUUGUCCAAGCAGAAAAAUAACUCUGUUUGAACUGACAACAUCACUAUAACAGUGUUGACACAGAGCAGAGGAAGCAGUGGAUUUAGAGGCUGAGAUGUACAGAUUAUUGAGUGGGUUAGAACUAAUAUGCAUCAGACAUGGAAACAGGACAGGGUUUCUGUAGGAAUAAUAACUCGGCACUGACAGAAAACCAGAAAAUGUAAAUGUAUUUUUAGAGCCUGUCACAAGAUGAAUUCUCAUGUGGAGAAAAUGGUUUCCUUCCUUUGUCACCAUUGAAUCAAAUUAUUCCAAUUAGUGUGACUACUGCUGGCAUUGAUCCAAUAUCAGAUUGUACCUUUAAUAUGAGGCAUUCAUACUGGACAAUUACAGAUACCAUGGCAGUACUGUAGUUUGAAAUUAAGAGGGGAAAAUGUAUUAUAUUUCUUCCUGUAUGGUUAGGAGGUUACGAUGGUCAGGGGGCUUUCUGAGAGAAUCCGGUCCAUAUUUGUUUACUUGUGGUUGUGUGAAGAGUGUCACGUUCAGCCAGACCCCAGAAUCCCCCUGUCUCUGUGGUCACUGUCGUUUUUUCUGUUUGAUUACUCUAAAGAGGUUUUGGAUUCCAUAUCCAGCCAGUCAUAUUAUUUUCUCUUUAACCCUGGUUCAUUGUGGUCUUCUUGUGUUCUUUCUGUGUUGGGUUCUCAGGCUUUCUAAACAAAACGUAUCUGUAAAUGAAACACACCAUUACACAUCUUUAUUUUAAAACUAAGAAAUAUAGAAGGUAUUGUUUAUAGAUUACCAGUAGUUAGAUUAUCUCUCACAACAUUCCCCAAAUGUGCACAGAUUCUGCAAAUGUUCACAGUUUCAGGUUUAACUUGAAAUAGAACUUAAAAUAACACAUUUUAUGGUCAUCUAUCAUCAACAGUCAUCAAAAGACCUGUUUGAAGGUGAUGGUUUCAGUGUUUAAACGGGAAAGGGUAAAGCCUGCAUGCGUUUCCUCAAAGUGUAUUAAUCAGAAUGAUCCUAGACACUUGACACUAAGCAGGGCACUUAGAGCAACAUUCAAGCAUUCAAAGAUGAGAGUCUCCUUGCCUCCUCUGACCACCAUCACCCCUAAUGCAGCCUGACAUUUGUUGCGUGUCACUGUUGUAUGAGGCGUUACUCUUUUUCCAGGUAUCUGGGGUACAUUUCCAGGGUAAAUUUCACCCUUCAACAGUUUCCAUAGACUAGAAAGUUAUCCUUAAUCAUUUGAGUAUUUUAAAUGAAAUGUGUCUUGAGUAGGCAUAAUACUUUAUAAACAUGGAGAAUACACAUCUUACCUCCAGUUUCGGUCGGUUUCUUGUUAAAUGAGUCAAUUUGUGAAAUGAACAGUAAUGCAAAUCACAAAUUGAAAUAAUUAUCUUUAAAGUGGUGGUAAGCUUUCAAUUAUUCCAAAAGACAAUUAAACCGUUUUAAUGAUUCUCUUGAUCGGUGGAGGUUGCUGAGGGGAGGAUGGCUGAUAAUAAUGGCUGGAACGGAGCGAAUGAAAUUGCAUCAAACCAUGUGUUUAAUGUAUUUGAUACCAUUCCAUUCAUUCCGCCAUUACCACAAGCCUGUCCUCCCCAAUUAAUGUGCCACCAACCUCCUGUGCGCUUAAUGGUUACUUUUGCUGAUAUGUUCACAUAUGCAGUAUUUUACUUUUUAUCACCUGAGAGAAUACAACUAUUACCUUCAGUUUGGGUCCGUGUAUAUUUAAAUUAGUCAAUUUGUGUAAUGAAUAGAAAAUGGGGGCCAUUUAACAAUUUAUUCAAAGACCAAUUAAAACUCAUGUUUCAAUGAUUUAUCUUGAUGCUCUACCUUUGUUAAUAUGUUCUCAGGUACAUUUAUGUUACUUUUUAAAUAUACUUCUUUAGAGAUCUAUUUUGGAUAUGGUUUCUAUACAAAGCUGUUGCUGGAGGCACAGUUUUCGGGCGGACGGUGGGUGCGUCAGAGAUGACCACUACUUGACCUGUAUACCUGAUGACUCUGUCAAAGAGUAGUAGACUCGACAUAGCCUUUAUCUGGUGGCUGUAUCCCGACCCCUUUUGGAAGGUUGCACACGUCUUUCCAAUCAUAGAUCAGCUGAAGCUGAAAUUAGGGUAAACAUGUAACCUACCUCUCACAGAGAGAGAAAAGGCUCUGGUGUGCUUUCUGCCUGAAAAAGCAUUCAAGACCUAAUUUUGUGCGCUUGAGUUUUUUUAAACUUUAUUUCACUCUUGUGCACAUCUGUUUAUCAUCUGUUUAUUGUUAUUUAUUUUAUGUCAAUAUUCAAUCAACAUGUUUUAUUUAGAUGCCUAUUACAAAGUCAGAUAAUUGAUUAUGGUAGAAUAUAUUAUAUUAGGUGGCAAAGACUUCCACAUCAUUAUGUUCUGGAAUGUUACAGCAUAGUCUAUGUUGUAGUGAGUCUAAUGAUGACCCUGUAGAAAUGAUGGUGGAAACUGUUGCUGUUAACUGGCAAUUAUAUUUUAUGUAUAGUUUCUAUUUUUGUAAUGUUGACGACAUUGGCCAAGAAAAUGGUUCCAUUUUUUAAAUAGGCUACUGCUAAUUUUGGCCUCCUCUAUUGUGGAAAAACCAAACUCAAAGAAUAGCAACCGAAUGCAAUUGAGGACUUUUCUUCCCAGAUUUGUAUUGCCCAAAUGGUGUGCGACCACCCUUGGUGUUCUGUGCCACUGUAAACUCUUGGUUAGCCUAACUAUUAUUACUGUGGAGUGGAUACUUUUUCAAAUUGUUUGCACUGUGUGGUGGUAAAAUUUGCAAAUAGUAAUGAAUUGAUCCUGCUAUUCUAGCUAUGUUGGAAGUGGUGGCUGGUAGGGUGGUGGCCCAGCCUCAGCCCAAGGAGAGGCUCUUGCUUAGUGUUACAGUGUUUCACUGUGAAGCCCAUCUAUUUGUUAUUAUUUCUAAUUUGUGCCUUAAAUACUAGAGUUCUCCAUUACUUCCUUGACACAACGUUUUCAUUGAGGGAGACACUGAGGUUUGCCUGGUUAGGACAGUAGAGGGAUGUGGGUUCAAGGCCCUAGACCUUGCAGUGCGUAAAUAGCUCAGCAUUCAAACCUGUGGUCUCAGUGUAAAAUAACAUCAGCAAUCAUCAUAACAGUAUGCACAUAUCAAAACUCUACUGCGAUAUAUGUUUUGACAUCUGCAAGGCCUGAAACAAAUGAUUGCAGGGAAAAUAAAACAUUAUUUAUAACCUCUAAUAGAUCACCAAUACCGAAGUCCCCCAUAGUCAUGUUUAUAUUUAAAUCAUGGUCAUGGAAUUUAUAGGAAAUUAUAUAUGUGUGUUCUGUGUUUAAUUUGAGCCUGUUGGUAGGUGGUCCAAUGAGUAUUAAAAGUACAGCCAAAAAAACUAAAACCUAAGACGGAUUUCAUUCUCACUUCACUCCCAGGACAGCUUCUUAGGCUACUUUUUCAACCCCGUCAUCUCUCGCAGUCCAAAAUCAGUUGAAUACAUACAAAGUCUACGCUGUAAUUAUGAGAGCCGAGUGACAGGCCAUUUUGAAGGCACAUAAAAAGCAUGUUGUCAUAGCCUCUGAUGUUUCUUUGUAACUUUGAUUACAGGAAUGAGACAAUAAUAGAUGUAAAGCAAAGAGAAAACAGUUUUAGUUUUAUCCUCAACUAGUUAUUAGUGGUGAGUGUGGGGCAGAUGUUUUCAAUAAUAUAAAAUAAAAGCGUAGCCAGAAACCGGCGUAGCCAGAAACCGGCGUCUGCCAGGGAUCUGUGGGGAGAGGGGACUACACUCCCACUAUCGCAGGGCUAGGGUUAAUAAUCAUUUUGUUCUAAAAUGCUACUGCUGCCCGUAUUGUAUUAAUGAACGUGAGGUUGCUGAUCCCAGAAAAAAGUACGGCUUCUGCCUUCGACUCUCAACAAUUCAUUGGGAGUUGAAGGCAUUUUCGCAAACUUGUACAAAUAGCAACUUCACCGCACAGUACACACACUCAGGGGGCGAGGAAGAAACAUUUUACAAGAGGGUGGAAAUGAGAGCGGUUAGCAGCACAACAUUUCUGCUUGACUCUGCUCUUCCACUGUGGUAGACUAGACUCAGUCUUCAGUGGUGCACCAUAGUAUAUUUGUUUCUUCCCAGGGUGCCAGAACACUGCAGCCUUGUCACUGUUGUUUUCUUCAUUUUGCAUGGAAUCUCCACAAAUAAGAUCCAUAUUAAAACCACUUUAAAAGAACAGAUGCACUAUAGCGUGUGAGUGCUGUGGUGAGAUCAUAUGUUUUCAAUAAAUAGCCCAUUUAGGCCUAUGCCGCUCCUAUGGAUCAUUAGAAACAUGCCUGCUUAGACCUACUCAGUUAUUUCAUUAUUAGAACAUUGCAAGUGUCCAUUUCAGGCAGAGGAAGCAACGUAGACUAACAAACAUGUCUUUCUUGUGGGGUGGACAUAAACAGCCUACCGUGGCUGAUUUGAUAUAUGGGAUGGGAUGGAAGCAGAUUCAUGCCACAACAAAUUAAAAUAAAAACAUUGAAAUUGAUAAAAAUGUGCUUGCAAAUUUAGAUAUUUCAGAGGUGUUUUGGGAAUUCAAUGCUGGUUUGUUGAGCCUUAAUUGUAAAGACCAAACAUAUCCAGCAGACAGAACACAACACUGCUCUGGAUAACUGGUGUUGUGAACAUUCAGCAUCACAAAGGACAUUAAAUCUAUUUCCUGCUUACCCAACAAUUAACAGGCCACUAGGGCCGUCUUUCUCUACAUGCUAUUUAUGAUCAUAACAUUAGGUUAAAGUUAAUUUGUGUAUCGUCUUUAGAGGACAACACAAUAAAAAAACAGCUACUCGCUGUUGCUCUGGAAAAUAACAAAGAAGCCUACAGCUGUGUAAUGUUGGAGCCAAGGCAGUGAACACUCAAACUCACUACGCUUAAAUGUCACCAUUGCUUUGUCUCUCCUCCUGCAGAUGGUUACUGCUCGCCAGAGUGGGAUGGCAUUGUUUGUUGGCCUGAGGGGUCUCCUGGGAAGCUGGUGUCCACUGCCUGUCCAGAGUACAUCUACGACUUCAACCAUAAAGGUAACACUGGCCCUGGAUAGCCUGCAGUUCAACAGUUCUCUUGCACAGAGCUCAUUUUCAGUUUUAGGUCAUGGUGCGCAAUGCCCACAUUAGUACAAUAGCCAAUAGGCCGCUGCUAUAGUGGAUCAUCUUGUAUCCACUUGAAACUGUAACACAGCAUGGGGCAUCUCUUUUCAAUACAUUUCUAUAGCCACGGCAAUGCAACAAGAUAAUAUCUUUUUUUACUUAAGUACUUUCCGAUGUGAUUAAACAAUGGCAAUUUGCACCUAUAGGUGAAAAGAAACAUGUGCAUUGUGUCAUUCUGUUGUAUCGUAUGUGGGUUGUAUUCUACAGGACUAGCCUAUCGCCACUGGUGACAACAAUGGGACUGGGCACUGACCAAACAACAACGAGAUCAUGCGGCCCAACUACUCAGAAUGCAAAAUUCUCUCACACUAUUAACCAAAACAAUAGAAGGGGAGAGUCAUGUCCAUCCCAGUAUGCAUUUCCCCACACCAUUAGACAAUGCCAACUUUGUCAGUGGCCAUUGUGUGUCAUUUCUGACAAAAAUUGUGACAUUUCAAUCUAUUCUAUUCUUUGGGGGCCAUUGUGGCAUUAGCAUACAUAAUCAAUGUGGAGGUAUUAGAAUUUUAAUUAAAUUGGAUGUGUGAUUUGAUUUCUACACUAUACAGUAGGCUGCUUUUCAUUUCUGUCAUACAUCAGAUGGUCCUGGAGGGGGCUUUUUGGCCUAGCAUACUGGAGCAUCUACCUAGCUCACACUCUUUCAUCAUUCUCUAACCUUACAUGUCUGGAACUUAAUGAGCAUCUACAGUGUUCAUUGUCUGUCUGUCAUCCCCAUUGUUAGACUUGUUUACCCUCUGAUCUUUCUGAUGUUUCUACUCAUUUGUAGGAAACCUAACAAUAACAACAUAUAUUUAGAAGAUGAACAUAAAAACCCUGUUUACCAUUUAGAUGAAGUGUCGCGAAAUGGAACAAAAGACAUGUCCCCUCAGAAUUGUUUGACUGUUUUAAAUGAAAACCAGACAUGACUAAUGACCUAUUUCCUCCGUGGAGAUUAGGCGAACAAUGCAACAGUAUGCAGUUAAGAGUGUUGUGCCAGUAACCCAAAGAUUGCUGGUUUGAAUCCCUGAGCUGACUAGGUGAAAAAUCUGUGGAUGUGCCCUUGAGCAAGGCACUUAGCCCUAAUUGCUCCUCUAAGUCGCUCUGGAUAAGAGCAUCUGCUAAAUGUAAAUGAUUAUACGUGUGUUUGGGCCAAAUAAUCUAUUGAUAGAUUAAGUGAAGCUUUACAUUGUCAUUUAUUAGAAGCGACUUACAGGAUACAUUUUUCACCUAGUUAAACUUGUAGUGUAUUUGAUGUUUAAAAAGGCUUCUGAAGUUUGUAAUUUCCACUUUGAAAUUUCAGACUUGAUUUUCCCUUAUGAAAAAUAUAUAAACCCCUACAAAAAUGUCCAUUAAUUGUAAUCCACAUAAUGUCACGUUGUAUACUGAUAGAAGACAGGCGCAGGAAUGCGUAAUAGUUUUUUGUAUUACUCUACCCAACAUAAGGUACGUCAUGGAAAACGACGGGGACGAAGCCCAAAACAAACACGUAUAUAUAUAUAUAUAUAUAUAUAUAUAUAUAACACAGGGAUAUAACCCAAACAAAAGAGCGAGGUGUAAACCUCUAAACAUUACACGGGACGAGACCCGUAAUAACAAGUGCACAAUUACUCUGUAUGUAAACUGUAAUACAAUGUACUCACGAGACCAACGGACAUGGGACAAUAAUCGACAAGGACAAUGGGGAACAGAGGGCACAUAUAUACACAUACUAAUCAGGGGGAAUGGAAACCAGGUGUGCGUAAUGAGACAAGACAGUCCGGGGUCGGUGGUAUUGAACCAGGUCAGUGACGCCUAGAAGGCCGGUGACGUAGACCUCCGGAGCUGGUGAAUGGAAUGAGCAGCAGUACCGGGGGGAUCCUUGAUUAAGCUGUUUUUUUUUUUUUCUUCGUUUCUUACCUUGCAACUACCAUACAUUCACGUGCUAGUCGGAACUAGGAAACUCAGAAAUUUCCGACUAACUGGUUGAACACAAGUGUACAACUACACCCUAGUUAGCAGGUCUAAAAUUUCAGAGUUUCCUAGUUCCAACUAGCACGUGAACGCGGCAUGAGCUACCAUACAGCGAGAGUUUGGACUUGUGUUUCGAAGGCAGAGGAUGAGUCUGAGUCGUAUUUCACUGUUAGUUUUACACAAAUAAUUGUACAUUUUCAGUUAUAAAACGGACAAUUAUUUAUUUUGGAUUAAAAGUACUGAAGAUGGGUGUACAGUUGCUUCAUGCGUUGUAUGCGUGUGCUUACUGUCACCCUGAUAUUGGCUACUAGGUAGCUACUUCCCCCGCCGGACAGUAGUGCUUGUCAAGCGGGAGCGAAAGGCGCUGUGUCUCGGUGUUGUUGCCGUUCAUGCCCUCCCCAUUGAGUAGUAGACUGUAUAUGUAUCAAGGUGAUACCUAUAUGGUUAUUCGUGUUAGUUAUUUAUUGUGUAGGCUGCUAUCCUACUUGAAAUAAAAUGAUGGGAGGUGAAUCAAUUGCCACGUUAGCUACCGCCGGCGACACGACCGUGAUACCCAUUUGACAAUAACGAAAUCUGAAAAUACUCUGGACAUAUUCAAUAACAUUAUAAGAAUAUUCAUGGGAUUGUGGGAUAGGUGCAACAUGACAAAGAAAUGACAAGGGAUUGAGUGAGAGGUCUAACUGGUGUGCACAGUUCCUAAGUAAUUUCAAUGCAAUUUUAUGACUCAAAGAACAGUCUUAAUUUAUUAGGUGCUUUUUUUUAGCUCUCCUAACUAUUUCCUUGAGGAACUGAAGCAAGCACACUUUUGUUUGGAACAUAGCCCCUGCAUUCCUACCAAUUACUGUUGUUGUUCACGCAAUCCAAAAUAAAUCCAUAUAAAUCGCAAUCUGGGUCAGGUGGGCAUCAUUUGAAAUUGUACAGGCUCAUUCUGUUCAGAACAACCCAGGGUAUAAUGCCAUGUCAUCCUUGGAACUGCACAUCAAACAUAGUGAUCAGAAACGUUGAUACUGUAAAACAUUCGUUUUAUCAUAUGGAAAUGUGUCAUGCACAUUUGGACACAUGGGUGUGUGGUUUGCUUGUAUGACAUAAAAGCAGUAUUUAUUAUAAUGUUCAAUGUCUCAUAUUUCAGAACACAUCAAAUGUUCUUAAUUUACAUCAUUCCUCUCACUCAGACAACAAAACAUUUUUAAAAAAUUGCCCAAUUAGCAGGAGGGAUGGGAACAUCUUCUGCAUGAUGCUAACAAUUGGAACACUGUUUGAAUCCUAUACAGCUCUGUAUAGUGGAGACCCUGAGCUCUAACACACACUGAGUUUACAAAAUAUUAGGAACACCUGCUCUUUCCAUGACAUAGACUGUCCAGGUCAAAGCUAUGAUCCGUUAUUGGUGUCACCUGUUAAAUCCACUUCAAUCAGUGUAGAUGAAGGGGAUGAGACUCAUUAAAUAAGGAUUUUUAAGGCUUGAGACAAUUGAGGCAUGGAUUGUGUAUGUAUGCCAUUCAAGAGAGUGAAUGGGCAAGACAAAAUAUGUAAGUGCCUUUGAACAGGGUAUGGUAGUAGGUGUCAGGCGCACCAGUUUGAGUGUGUCAAGAACUGCAACACUGCUGAAACGCUCAACAGUUUCCCGUGUGUACCAAGAAUGGUCCACCACCCAAAGGACUGUGGGAAACAUUGGAGUCAACAUGGGCCAGCAUCCCUGUGGAAUGCUUUCGACACCUUGUAGAGUCCAUGCCCCGACGAACUGAGGCUGUUCUGAGGGCAAAAGGGGGUGCAACUUAAUAUUAGGAAGGUGUUCCUAAUGUUUAUACACUCAGUGUAUUUAAAAAAAAAAUAUAUUACUAACAGCAACAGAUUAAACAAAAUUUUGCCAAAGGAUCCGUGGAAUAAGUUUAGAGGGUGUAAUACAAUACAUUGUAAUAUUAUUAAUGUAUCAUUUCUGUUCUUAACCCUGGGUAACAUGGGCCUAGUAGGCUCACAGGGAUAUUGGUAUCCAGAGUACUCCACCAAUUAUAUAAUUUUCAACUCAAUACUCAAUACAUUCCUCAGAAAUGUUUUUGGGAACAUAAAUGCACUGUAAUUUAAGCUUUAAAACUGCAAAGUGUUCUCUCUGCCUCAUGGCAAAAUGUGUAGAAUUGCAUGAUAUUAGCUUUAAAGCUACAACAACAAAACAUUUCUCUGCCCCAUGACAAAAUGUGUAGAAUUGCAGGAAAUUAGCUUGAAAACUGCUAAAUGUUCUCUCCAAUGCCAAGAGGCGGGCUUUUAAAAUGUUCCUUCCCAGGGCCCGAGACUUGGUUCGUACUGCCAUGCACUGCCAAAGUCUUUGUAUGCUAUUUUUAUCUCACUCAAGUUGUGUUCUGAUUAUGAGGGGGUCCCUGAUGAAUUUGCUAUCACAAAGGGGUCCCCGGACCCAAAAAGUUUUGGGAACCCCUGAUGUAUAACAUGUUAAUGUACAGCCACUGCUUUCCAAUUUAGCCGCUUAUCAGUGACCAAAUCUGCCAUUUUCAUACCGAAUAGGGGCUGUGAGUGUAAAGGGCUACUGAAUGGAAUAUGAUGGAAUGAAUGGAAUUGGAAUGCCCUCUGUGAUAACAACAGCAUAAAGCAAAGGAAAUAGAUAUCAGUAUCAGUAAUCUUACUAUGAUUAAAGUUGCAUUGAAGUGUUGAAAAAAUAUAUUUCCACAUGUUGAAUUUUUCCCUCGAAAUCCUGGCUACAGCACUUUGUAUUCUUUUGGGAGAGAGGUGCCGGUCAUGUACCCUUUAUUCUGAUAAUCCAAUCCAGCUCCAAUCCAUUUAAGUCAGGGGAAGAGGCCUACAGGAAUCAUAUCAGAUUGUAAGAAGCGGUUUAAUGGAUGUAAAGCUAGGGUGACAGGUAGCCUAGCGAUUAAGUGCGUUGGGCCAGUAACUGAAAAGUUGCUGGUUUGAAUCCCUGACUUUUUAAACCUCAAAUACACUACAAGUUUAACAUGUCCUGCAUUGCAGGAAAGUUCUACUGCAACAGGGUGAUCAAAUGAAGAUCCUAGGUUGGAUAGUGACGAGAUCUGCUCAGCUGACAAGGACAGGGCCAGAGAGCAUAGGGACAGUGUACCAUCAGAUAAAACAAAGAGCGUGCAUUCAGCCUUUGCGAUUUUUACUGUCCAUCGUUUUUCUUUCCCAAUAGGAUCUGUUUUCUCUUCAGUGCUGCUCAAUGCAGAUGUUUUGCCUGUUAACCCCAACAUUCAGUUUGGUUUAACCAGGUUAGCUGCUUUUGGGCUCACUUCCAUAAUAACGUGCAAUAUUAAACAACAUUUCUCUGGUCUCUCCCCACAUGUGCAUUCUUCUCUCCUUUUAAAUAUAGCUCUCAACAUUAAGGUUUUGGGUGACUGAGAUUGUUGGUAUCCAUCCAUCCACAUUUUGAGGAGGCCCCCUAAUUUUCCUCCUUUGUCGACUUUGAAUGUUUAUGCCGAUGGUCUCCCAGUCCCAGGAUUCAUAGCAGCAGCAACGAAACCCUUCAGCCGCGCACCACAACUUAGGAACCCUUGGGUUUGGCGCUGGGUCUCCAUCCCUAAAUGAUAACAGCAGUGGAGGAAGCUCUGGUUACAGCAGGCCCCAGAGAGCCCCUCCACUAGGCUGUGUUGAUCCAGGGACCACGGGUAGCUAGCUAGAGGCCAGACCUGGAUUCAAAAAGUAUUUGUUUUCUUGCAAAUACUUUGAGGGUUGAUUGAGCCUACCUGGAGAGGCAGAUGGGCAAAGUUUAUUAUUUUGGAACUAUUCUGUUGGUUUCAUUACGCCAGGCAAGCUCAAUCAAGUGCAGCUAAAUUAUUUGAAAGAAAACAAAUCCUAUUUGAACCCAGGUGUGCUAGCUUCUCGCCUCUCCAGCAGUAUGUCCUCUGGCUGCCUGCUCUGUGCUAUAAUCUCCUGCUGGAAGCCCCAGCAUGCUCCGCACCCCACCCAGGCUUUUGUCAGCGCGGCACAUCUCUCAAGCCAAAUGUUCUGUUUAUUAGAAACCUCUGGUCGCAGGCGACACCUCCAUCUCAGUCAUUCUCUUGGUGGGCAGCCUUAUUGCCUGGUGGGCUUUAGUCGUCUGGUGGGCAGCUCACUGUCAGAAGCAAUGCACCACAUUUAAUUCAGAAACUAAUUAGAGGCCUGGAACGGUCGCACGCCAUGGCAUGACCUUUGACCUUGGAAUGGUUGCACGCAUUGACAUCAGCUUCUCUGACCUUUUGUAUGCAUACUGUUUUGUUUUUGGUGCAUAGUAGUUUUCUAUGUUGCAAUGUGUAGCCUGCAACUGUAUUGGUAUUUGGUAUUUAUUAGGAUCCCCAUUAGCCGCUGCAAAACUGGGUAGUUCGAGCCCUGAAUGUGAUUGCCUGACAGCCGUGGUAUAUCAGACCGUAUACCACAGGUAUGACAAAAUAAUUAUUUUUACUGCUCUAAUUACGUUGGUAAACAGUUUAUAAUAGCAAUAAGGCACCUCGGGGGUUUGUGGUAUAUUGGCCAUGUACCACACCUCCUCAUGCCUUAUUGCUUAAAUCUAGCACACCAGGCACAUACUAAUUAUGGAUUUAUCAUACAUCUAUCACUUCUAUCACUUCCUCACCAAGCUACAGAAAGUAGGCUGACACCUCUGAGUAAUCAAAUCAAAUCAAAUGUUAUUUGUCACAUAGACGUGUUUAGCAGAUGUUAUAGCGGGUGUAGCGAAAUAAUAAUAUCUAACAAUUUCAAAACAUAUACCUAAUACACACAAACUAGUAAGGAAUGGAAUUUAAGAAAAUAUACAUAUAUGGACAAGCAAUGACAGAGCGGCAUGGACUAAGAUACAGUAGAAUAUUAUAGAAUAGAAUCCAGUAAAUACAUAGGAGAUGAGUAGUGCAAGAUAUGUAAACAUUAUUAAAGUGACUGUAAACAUGAUUAAAGUGACUAGUGUUCCAUUUCUUAAAGUGGCCAGUGAUUUCAAUAGGCAGCAGCAGCCUCUAAUGUGCUAAUGAUGGCUAUCUGAUGGCCUUGAGAUAGAAGCUGUUUUUCAUUUUCUCGGUCCCAGCUUUGAAGCACCUGUACUGACCUCGCCUUCUGGAUGAUAUCGUGGUGAACAGGCAGUGGCUCGGGUGGUUGAUGUCCUUGAUGAUCUUUUUGGCCUUCCUGUGACAUCGGGUGCUGUAUGUGUCUUGGAGGGCGGGUAGUUUGCCCCCGAUAAUGCGUUCGGCAGACCGCACCACCCUCUGGAGAGCCCUGCGUUUUAAUAAAUACAAAUAAUAUGUCAUUUAGCAGACGCUCUUAUCCAAAGCGACUUACAGUCAUGCGUGCAUACAUUUUUGUGUAUGGGUGGUCCCGGGGAUCGAACCCACUACCUUGGCGUUACAAGCGCCAUGCUCUACCAGCUGAGCUACAAAGGACCACAUUUUCCUGGCACCACACUCCCAGAGCCCUCACCUCCUCCCUGUAGGCGGUCUCGUCAUUGUUGGUAAUCAAGCCUACUACGGUUGUGUCGUCUGCAAACUUGAUGAUUGAGUUGGAGGCGUGCUUUGCCACACAGUCAUGGGUGAACAGGGAGUACAGGAGGGGGCUGAGCACGCACCCUUGUGGGGCCCCAGUGUUGAGGAUCAGCGAAGUGGAGAUGUUGUUUCCUACCUUCACCACCUGGUAGUACACAGUACAUGAUAUGACUAACAACAUUUCUCCUUCAUAUGGCCUUGUCUCUCUUGUUCCAACAGGAAGUGUUUGACUGACUGUACCUCAUUUACACAGUUGGGUCCUCCAUCUCUCUAAUGUUUCUCCUUCAUAUGUCCUUGUCUCUCUUGUCCCAACAGGAGGUGUUUGACCGUCUGUACCUCAUCUAUACAGUGGGAUACUCCAUCUCUCUGGGAUCACUUAUGGUGGCUGUGGUCAUCCUAGCUUAUUUCCGGUGAGUGGUCUACUUGUUGCCAUUGGGAAAAUUCCUUUCUCAGUCAAUAUUUUAUCUUCGACCAAAUCCCACCUGGGCUUGAGGGCUGGGUGGAUUAACGGUCCUGGUGGGACAGAGAUUAGUGUUAGUGUCACAGUAAUGAUAUUGGUACCUUCCAUUAAAAUCGGGACAACUGUGGUUUAAUAUUUGAUAGGGUGCUGCUGAGCAUACAUAUUUAAACAAUGCAGUUGGGAAAUAGCAAAAGUACUGUGAAUAUGAGACAACAAAGAGUAAUGAAAAAUGAAGAAAAAUGUUGUCAAAUAUGAUUUUGAUGGCAGUGAGUGACUUUCUUAAUGGGAAAAACAGUCAAUAGCCCUGGUGGUAUCGUGGUACUGCCCUAGCCUGUUUUGUAUGGUGAAACAAAUAAACAAAGUGUGCAAAAUGUGUAUGUAUAAUGUUUUACCUUUGCCUUUUCCAUGAGCAUUUGACUUUCAAAAGGAUUAUAGAUGGCUGCCUUUGAGGUUGUUGCCUUGGGGCCAGUGUGUGAUUGUGAUACGUGCCUCAUCUUUCUGACAUUUAUAUUCUUAGUUAUUUUCAUACUUAUUGAUCUCAGGCCAUAGAGAUCCAUAGGAAAGCUGUGGUUAGUGUUUGUUGUUAUUCUGUCUAUUUAGUGGGAUGUUUAUAUGAAGAUAACGUUAAUAUAUUGGUGUGCAGUUUCAGCCUCAUCAAAAUACUGUCAUCUACGGGCUGAAACCUUUAAGGCAGGCUGAAAGGGCAAUAGAUUGACAAAUUAAUUCUGACAGUCAAUUUUAUAUGUAGUGAAUUGACUGGUUGGAUUUUCUUGAGAGAGUUAUCUAGUUUUUAUCAUUGCCUUAGAAAAACAUAUGACUCAUAUUCAACAGCAUAAAUGCUAAUUCUUGAAUUCAAUUAACAUUUUACAGUGAAUCAGGUCCAGGAAUUUUGUGUAAAGUCGUGUUUACAAACGUUCCGCUCAACGUGACUUAGGGACUAACCCAAUGUUUUAAGAGAGAAAGACCCUAAACUGGCACCAGGAAAUCUACGGGACAAAUUAGUUUAAUAAGGCGUCUCAGGGGUCCCCGGGGGCCUGGGCUGACGUGUUCAGGAGCACUCCAGCCACGGCUCCCUCUUCCAUUUAACAUGUCAGGCUUUUAAAACCCUUGGACACGAGAGAGGCAGGUUCAUAAAUGUUUUCUGGGGAGAGACCGAGUGAUACAUACUGCACAUUAGAAGUAGUGUUCCUCCUCUUCCACCCAAUGACCUGGGGGACUGUUCACUUCACAGGAGGUUGGUAGCACCUUAAUUGGGGAGCAUGUGCUCUUGGUAAUGGCUGGAGCGGAAUCAGUGGAAUGGUAUCAAAUACAUCAAACACAUGGGUUCCAUGUGUUUGAUGCCAUUCCAUUCGCUCCGUUCCAGCCAUUAUUAUCAGCCGUCCUCCUCUCAGCAGCCUCCACUGGUUCACAUACAAUAUGUGUUUCCCUCACAACUUUACAAAUCAAUAUUCCCCAAAGGAGAGCUUGAGCAAUAGCCAGUUUACUAAUGGGUUUGACUGCAGAGGUUAGUCACAAGCAAAUAAUGAGUGAAUAAUGAUUCAUGAGUUUUCUGCUGUCACUUAUUAAAUAGCUCCCUAUGAUUUAAAGAUGUUGACAAGGGAUAUUUUGAGGAUACUGUGACAGAUAAACUUGGUUGUCUGGGAGGAAAUUCACAUGCUCUUUGAUCUGCUCAACACGUUAGGGGUUGAUGUUAACUUUUUUAGCCACCUGUCCUUCGGACAGGUAGGACAGAUUUUUUACUUGUCCAAAAGCUCAAGUCACUUGUACCCCAAAAAUGUAUGGUCUGUAACCCCAAGGCCAAAAAGGUGACUGAACAUUGUGUUUUUGAUGCAAGAAACCACUUCACAAAAUACAGUACACCGCAUUCUUAAGACUAAAUAGCCUUGGUUUCUCAAAUGACUGCCUCGCCUGGUUCACCAACUACUUCUCAGAUAGAGUUCAAUGUGUCAAAUCAGAGGGCCUGUUGUCUGGAGCUAUGGCAGUCUAUAUGGGGGUGCCACAGGGUUCAAUUAUUGGGCCAACUCUUUUCUCUGUGUAUAUCAAUGAUGUCACUCUUGCUUCUGGUAACUCUCAGAUCCACCUCUACGCAGACGACACCAUUUUGUAUACAUCUGGCCCUUCAUUGGACACUGUGUUAACAAACCUCCAAACGAGCUUCAAUGCCAUACAACACUCCUUCCGUAGCCCCCAACUGCUCUUAAACACUAGUAAAACUAAAUGCAUGCUCUUCAAUCGAACGCUGCUGGCACCCGCCCACCCGACUAGAAUCACUACUCUCGACGGAUCUGACCUAGAGUAUGUGGACAACUACAAAUACCUAGGUGUCUGGUUAGACUGUAAACUCUCCUUCCAGACUCACAUUAAGCAUCUCCAAUCCAAAGUUAAAUCUAGAAUCGGCUUCCUAUUUUGCAACAAAGCCUCCUUCACUCAUGCUGCCAAACAUGCCCUCGUAAAACUGACUAUCCUACCGAUCCUUGACUUCGGCGAUGUCAUUUACAAAAUAGCCUCCAACACUCUACUCAGCAAAUUGGAUGUAGUCUAUCACAGUGCCAUCCGUUUUGUCACCAAAGCCCCAUAUACUACCCACCACUGUGACCUGUACGCUCUUGUUGGCUGGUCCUCACUACAUAUUUGUCGCCAAACCCACUGGCUCCAGGCCAUCUAUAAAUCACUGCUAGGCAAAUCUCCGCCUUAUUUUAGCUCAUUGGUCACCAUAGCAACACCCACCCGUAGUAUGCGCUCCAGCAGGUAUAUCUCACUGGUCAUCCCCAAAGCCAACACCUCCUUUGGCCGCCAUUCCUUCCAGUUCUCUGCUGCCAAUGACUGGAACGAACUGCAAAAAUCUCUGAAGCUGGAGACUCUUAUCUCCCUCACUAACUUUAAGCAUCAGUUGUCAGAGCACCUUACCGAUCACUGCACCUGUACACAGCCCUUCUGAAAUUAGCCCACUCAACUACUUCAUCCCCAUAUUGUUAUUUAUUUUGCUCAUUUGCACCCCAGUAUCUCUAUUUGCACAUCAUCUCUUGCACAUCUAUCAUUCCAGUGUUAAUACUAAUUGUAAUUAUUUUGCACUAUGGCCUAUUUAUUGCCUUACCUCCAUAACUUGCUACAUUUGCACACACUGUAUAUAUAUUUUCUGUGGUAUUUUUGACUUUAUGUUUUGUUUUACCCCAUAUGUAACUCUGUGUUGUUGUUUUUAUCGCACUGCUUUGCUUUAUCUUGGCCAGGUCGCAGUUGUAAAUGAGAACUUGUUCUCAUCUGGCUUACCUGGUUAAAUAAAGGUGAAAUAAACAUUCAUUAUGAUCACUGGUGUUGACAAUGGAAGGCUGCUGGUCUCUGAUCCCAUGUAUUAUAUCUCCUGCCGUUGUGGCCUUUAGCAAGGCACUUAACCCCCGCACAAAGUAUAACACUGCACUGAUAGGCUACUGUAUAAAACACAUGUGGACCCUCAACCGUCCAUCUGGAGAGCUACUGGCUGUGCAAGAUCUUGACCCAACCCUGCUCAAACACACCAGUCAUCGUAGUCAUCUUAUCAAGGUCCUGUUGAGCAGCUGAUUUUUUACAAUGUGGGGUGUUCGAGCAGGGCUGGAGCAAAAGCAUGCAGACCCAGUAGCUCUCCUGCUCUCCUGGAGGAUGGUUGGCCACCCUGCAACAUUACAAUUACCACCAAAUACUUUUUAUGUCUUUAUAAAAUAAUUCCCUCACUCAAUGAACCAGGGAUCAAAUGACUAAGGUGGAUGAGGUAGCUAGCAAAUCAAUAUUUGUGCUUUUCAAUCCCCUAAAUCUCAAGAAUGUGUUAUAGUCAGCGAGGAAUUCAGCUCGCUCUAAUUAUGAUGAGUACUCUUCUGAAGAAUGUGAAAACACACAUACUCAUAUCACACACACAUAGUGUACACACACACACUCACUGAAAAACCCUCACCCCUCCACACACUUACCACCUUGAUAAGAGUUCAACAUGGGUUCCUAGUGUAGUAACGGCUUAGUAGCAACAGAUUUAUGUCUUUUUUCAAUGAUUGUCUUUGGUUUGAGGAAGCUAACAGUAUGACCUACUAUGACCCCAACAUGAUUAUUGCAUAUCACGGUGCAGAUUAUAUUUAUAUGAUCUUUCUCUCCUCCUCUCCUCUCUUCCAGGCGGUUGCAUUGUACCAGGAACUACAUCCACAUGCAUCUGUUUGUGUCCUUCAUGCUGCGAGGCAUCAGCAUCUUCAUAAAGGACGUGGUGCUGUACUCUGGCUCUGCCCUAGAGGACAUGGAGAGAGUCAGUGUGGAAGAUCUCAAGUCCAUCACUGAGGCUCCUCCAGCUAACAAAACCCAGUUUGUAAGUACCAAACCUUGUCCCCAGACUAUAGGAAGUUUGGUGCGCGAGAAUAGUAAGUACAAGGCUAAUGUAGUUAAGUGACUGACCAAAGGCACCUGUGAAAUUCAGGAAUACUUGUUGUUUACAAAUUCUAUAAAUGUGUUAUUGUGAAACGUCCAUUGUAAAUUGGUUGGAUCAUUGUAAAAGGCCUUCCUCUAAGGACAUAGUGAUCAGUGUAAUCCAGGGACUAUUGGAUAUGCCUUACUAAAGUCGUUCCAGCAUUCAGUAUUAUGAGUCAUCAGGCUUUUCAUUAUAAUUGUGUUUUUUUCAUUACUGUCUCUCGCAGCAUUUCUAAAUGAGAAAAAAUGUCAAUGCUACAGGGAAGACUUGCCACAAAGGAUUUCCUAUCUUACCUAAUGAUUAUAAAACUGGAGAGAGAGAGAGGAGGAGAAAAGACUAAGAGGAUAAGUCUCUCUUGGCUUGCGUGUAUUAUCCCUAGCUAGAGUGAGCAUGCAAGGCUGAAGGAAUCAGCUAUAUACUUCAAAGUACCCUGGUAGUCACUAGGAUAAACAGAGGCAUAGAGGUUGGCUUCCCUCGGGGCAUACACAGGCUGAACCACCAGGGAUUCCCUGUUGUUUACAGUUGAUCAACAUCUCCAGGUUGGAACAACACACAGUAUUCAUUAGGAUUAGAAUAAAUAUUUAAUUGUACAAACCGUGAUUGGAACCUAGAGGUUAAGGUUUCAUCCUGGACAGGCUUGAAUGUUGGUUUUCUCACUACAAAGUGAUUGCACAUUUGCCAAUGUACACACUACCCUUAGAGUUUCUGUAUGUUGUACCAGCCUAGCAGUAGAACUAUAUAACAGUGCGAAGCAAGAGUGGAUUAUAAGGAUUCAAAAUGGCUUCAUGUCACUAUAAGAAGAACCAAGGCAUUCUGAAUUGAUUCUGUGAUUGACAGGUCGUGACCUUGAGACUAUAACGCCUCGAUCACACCGACAGCGUCAUUGCAUUUUGGCACACCAGAAGUACAUUCACUUCCAAUGGAAUGCUGCGUUUGCCUUGCAGUAUUGCGUUGCAGAGGCCGUUGCAGUGAGUUGUGGUGGAUUUAUCAAACGUAUGCGUCAAACUGUAUGCGUAGACGGCUUGACAGAAAUGGUAACAGAAGGUGAAUGUUAAACUUCUGUUGCACACAUAUCCAGAUGCUGCUGCAUACCAUUUUGCGCAAUGAUGCUGUAGGUUUGAUCGCGGCGUAAGGUUCUAUCUGUGCAAAGCAUAGUUCUGAGAUAUUGAGCAUCAAAGUUUUCACAUCCCAGAUCUCAGAACUGUUUUGUAGUGAAUUCUUCUUUCGUUACCCAUUAAGGUCCUCAGCUUAAAGGUACCUAAGGUGCAGAGUAUCAAAAUCCUGAGACGUGUAAAUCCGUUUCUUUAGGGGGGUGCAAUCGCAGAUAUAACAUUAUGGCUCUGAAAUGUCAAUCUGGGUUCAGCCAUAAGGUUCUAUCUGGCACUUCUGAAUUAGACAUGUUCAGUUUUUAAGAAGCUAUUUGAAUACAUAAAUGAUAGAAUAACACUAUUUUAUCAAGAUAGAGUCAGAACACAUCAUCAAAUACAUUAAGAAAUGUAUUUUGAUCAUCAGACAAAUUACUGUCAUCACUGAACAACGAUGUGACAACAUCAGUUACUUUAACAUUUCUCCCAGUAUAGUUUUUUUUGCUUGCGUGCCAUUGUUGCUGGCCAGACUAGCCUAGAUCAUACUUAGAGGGAGAUGGCAAAGACAUGCGUUCUGAUUAGUCUGUAUUUGUUCAGGCUUGUGAUUGGAUUGCAGAUAGAACCUUAUAUCGCCAAGUUCAAAUGGGUUCAUGCAGAUAGAACUCUAUGGUUUUCAUUUUUUUCACUUAAAAUGUACUUUUUCAAAAGAAAAUCUUCACAGACAGAAUAACCAUCUAAAGAUCAAUUAUAUGUGACUAACUCAUUUUUGACAAAAAUAUCAGAUAGAACCUUAUAGUCCCAAGGUGUCGAGGUGUUGGAAAACAUGAGUCAUUAAUCUACAAGUGCUUGUGACCAUGAAAUAGCCUGCUGUAUUUCAGCAUGCUUAGUAAGUUCAGUAUAUUUUAUGUAUUUGUCUGUGGUGUUUCCUUUAGAUUGGCUGUAAGGUGGCAGUGACCCUGUUCCUGUAUUUCCUGGCUACGAACUACUAUUGGAUCCUAGUAGAGGGUCUGUACCUCCACAGCCUCAUCUUCAUGACCUUCUUCUCAAACAGGAAGUACCUCUGGGGAUUCACUCUGAUUGGAUGGGGUGAGUGAUGUCACAGAAAACAAAUUUUGUUUUACUGCAGAUUCACUGCUAUGAAGUCAAAUAAUAAGCUAAACUAACUAUCCCAGACAGAUUUAUUAAUCAAUUCAUUUCAAAAGCCAUUCCAAUGUCAUAAUGUUUUGUAGAAGGUUUAGAAGAAAGCUGAUAAUAUUGUUAAUUCUACAAUUAUCUACAAUUCAUUGGUUUCACACAUACUGUGUGAAUACUACUAUAAUCAGAACUCAAGAAGAGUUCAGAAAACUAGGCUGUACGGCUCCUGCAUUGUACACACUGUGCGUAUCUGUUAUGUAAGCACAGCGCAUACAAUGUGGAUGCUGUGUCACCCAAUUACCUCGCUGCAAGAAUCCGAAAAACUACAUUAUAUUAGCAGUAAAUUACAAGAGUAAUUUUGACUUGAACCCACAAUUAUAAUUGGAAGAAAAUGACUGUAUUUUGCAUUAAAUCAUUGUUUGUGUGAUUGCAGAUAAUUAUACUUUGUUCUGCAUGGGUCUCAGCUGUUUAGUUGUUUUGAGAUCUUUGUUGAUGUUUGUUGUUGUUGAUUUACAGGGGUCCCAGCUAUGUUUGUGACAGUGUGGGCGAGUGUGAGAGCCACCUUGGCAGACACAGAGUAAGUACUGCGUUAAAAUCCCAAUUCAUCAUCAUGAUGUUGGCUCUAAACACAUUUUACUGUACAUUUGCCAGAAUCUUUCAUGGGAAUGUGAGACAGGACCUUAGAACAUGUUCCAGAAUCCUCUUACAUUCUUAGAAUGUUUAAGGGCGGAGUGUACAUCAUCAAUUUCAUAGAAACCUGCAUGUGGUCCUCUGUAGCUCAAUUGGUAGAGCAUGGCACUUAUAACGCCAGGGUAGUGGGUUCGAUCCCUGGGACCACCCAUACAUAAAAAUGUAUGCACACAUGACUGUAAGUUGCUUUGGAUAAAAGUGUCUGCUAAAUGGCAUAUUAUUAUUAUUGCAGUAUUUACACAGUAGUACCUCUCACAGGUAGAUUCUGCCAGUUUUCAGGUUAAGAAAUGUGUGUGCAGAGGCAGUAGUUUGUAUACAAGGACCAUGCGUAAACAUUGCCAUGGCUGGUUGGAUAGAAUUCCAGCCUAGGACUCAGAGCCUAGGAACAGACUGUAAGGGUUGCCAACUUCCCCAUGUGUUGUUGCUACACUAGGAUAAACCGAAACAGAUUAGAUCCUGAAAACGAUUAGUUAAACAAUUAUACCUAUCUGUAUUAGUUUUUCAUAAAUGCCCUGUUUAUCACUUGCAGGUGCUGGGACCUAAGUGCAGGCAAUCUGAAGUGGAUCGUACAAGUGCCCAUUCUAACAGCAAUAGUGGUAAGUAAACAUGUCAAUUGAAAAUGUUAAUUGGCGUAAUGGCAUUUAACGUUUUUGAUUGACACGUUUACUUACCACAAUUACUUACCACUAUUACCACUAUCUGCUUUUUGAGAGAUUUGGCUUUGGUGUUCUACAUUGUGUCAUUUUCUGUUUUCAAAGGUGAAUUUUAUGCUGUUCCUGAAUAUAAUACGAGUUCUGGCCACUAAACUUCGAGAGACAAAUGCUGGCAGAUGUGACACAAGACAGCAGUACAGGUAAGAAGCAAUACUCUGACUGACUGCUCCUUCCCUGACUGCUUUAUCAUGACAUUUGUAUUGCUUAUAUACAGUUGUAUUCUGUUUUAUCUCCCGCAUGCUGAUAGAAAUAUAGAAUCUUUAUCACACCAAAACAUGCCACCAGUCAUGUCAGUGAUGCAUAGUAUGUAUGAAAAUGAAUGUCCAUGAUAAUAUCAAACUUAAUCUCCUCAUUACAAUAACUGUCAGGCACAGUAAAUCUAAAAAUAAAUGUUAAAAAUAUAAUAAUAAUCACAUUGAUAUCUGCACAGCACUGUAGAUUAAAGGUACAGUAGAUGAUCUUUGUAGCUGGUAAAAAAAUUAAUAUGAACAACAGGGCAAAAUGCCAAUAAGUGUACAAAACACGACAAUCUAUGUCUUUCCAUGACAUAGACUGACCAGGUGAAUCCAGGUGAAAGAUAUGAUUCCUUAUUGAUGUCACCUGUUAAAUCCACUUCAAUCAGUGUAGAUCAAUGGGGGGAGACAGGUUACAGAAUGAUGUUUAAGCCUUGAGACGAUUGAGACAUGGAAUGUGUAUUUGUACCAUUCAGAGAGUGAAUGGGCAAGACAAAAUAUUUAAGUGCCUUUGAACGGGGUAUGCUGGUAGGUGCCAGGCGCACCGGUUUGAGUGUGUCAAGAACUGCGACGCUGCUUGGUUUUUCACGCUCAACAGUUUCCCGUGUGUACCAAGAAUGGUUCACCACCAAAAAGGACAUCCAGCCAACUUGACACAGCUGUGGGAAGCAUUGGAGUCAACAUGGGCCAGCAUCCCUGUGGAACGCUUUCGACACCUUGUAGAGUCCAUGCCCCGACAAAUUGAGGCUUUUCUGAGGGCAAAGUGGGUGCAACUCAAUAUUAGGAAGGUGUUCUAAUGUUUUGUACACUCAGUGUAGAUUGUAAUUAAAAAUUAAAAAUAAUCUUAUGAACCUCUGCUUGUAUUUAUUCAGGAAACUGUUGAAGUCUACCUUGGUCCUGAUGCCACUGUUUGGCGUCCACUACAUAGUGUUCAUGGCCAUGCCUUAUACUGAGGUGACUGGAGUCCUUUGGCAGAUACAGAUGCACUACGAGAUGCUCUUCAAUUCAUUCCAGGUACUGACUUAUGUUGUACAGCAUGGAUGGAUGGAUGAAUGAAUGAAUAAACAAACCAAUGAAUGAACGAAUGAAUGAACGCACGAAAGAAUGAAUUAAUAUACUACUGCAUAUGGGUUUAGUCACAGGCAGCCAGCAAUGGAUCCAAAAUGAUGGUCUACUACAGUACUUUUAAAAGAUAAAUCGGCCAAAUCGGCGCAGUCAGAUGGAACAGAGUAAAUAGGCAUUUAAACGUCUUAGAUUUAGCCGGUGGCAACUUGUGGAAUAGACACCGGCUGGAAUGCGGUUUUAACCAAUCAGCAUUCAGGAAUAGCCCCACCCGUUGUAUAAUAUGGGGUACUGCAUCUGCUCUAGUGGUGUGCUACACAUAAUUAGCUAUUGAUUAAACUGUGAUGAGUAAGAUUUUGAGAGAGCACAGCUCAGUGUUUUCAGAGUAAGCAGCUGGUGAAGAAGUCACUUCAUAUUGCAUGGCAUUCUUCCAGAGUAUGAAAAAUGUAUGCACUCACUAACUGUAAGUCGCUCUGGAUAAGAGCGCCUGCUAAAUGACUAAAAUGUAAAAUGUUAUGCUCAGGUCAACCUGUGAACUUUGAGGCUUACACAAAACUGUAUUAAUGUUUUUUAUCCUUUUCAGGGAUUCUUUGUCGCAAUUAUAUAUUGUUUCUGCAAUGGGGAGGUAAGGACUACUUUGAACAACUGUUUAAUAUGUUUCUGUGAAAAUGUCCGCAAUGACUCAUUAUAGUAUGUUAUUUAAGACAAAAUAUGUAAUCCUGAUAGAUAAUAUAAUGUUCAUGAUUAAUUGCAGUCACAGCAUGCACACACCUGAGACUCAAUUAUUGUAUGUCACAGUAGAUUAGAUCUAUUUAGUGACAAUCACAUUUCUUUCCAUCUUUAGGUCCAAGCGGAAAUUAAGAAAUCCUGGAGCAGGAGGACACUAGCACUGGACUUUAAACGUAAAGCCCGUAGUGGCAGUAACACGUAUAGUUAUGGACCUAUGGUGUCUCACACCAGUGUAACCAACGUCACUGCCCGGGGACCCCUGGCCCUCCACCUCACCACGCGCCUUGGGGGCCCCGUCACCGUCAACGGGCACCGGAAUCUCCCGGGGUACGUGAAGAAUGGUUCCAUCUCCGAGCACUCCAUCCCUUCCUCGGGACAGGAGUUACACGUUCCUGAGGAGGAGCAGCCGUCCAGUACUGAGCCACCGCAUUCUGUUGAGGAGGAGAAACCCUCGUCUGUAGUGGAGGAGGAGCGGGAGACCGUCAUGUGACAAUCAUGUGACCUCUUGCGAGAGACGGUCAUGUCAUGUGACCUUCAGGCUGCCAAUAGCGCCUCCACUGUGAGGACGAUCUCUGUAGGAAUGAGUCAUGGGAAAGAUCUCAAUUACGUACUCCUGGCAUCCUCUCUCCUCGUCUCCAGAGGGACCUCUGGCUUUCUC